AUGAGCUUGAUCGAAUCUGUGCACGGCAAAGGCCCCGAAGAAGGCGAUGACUACUGUGAAGGAGACCAGGGAGGAAAGUCAGGAAAUUCCGACGAACUUGACCAAGAUCUGAUUCACAUCGACGACCCUGAUCUUGGGCUAGCACCAUUGGGUGCACAGCUCAGAAGUCCCUCCCCGCGUCCGGACCAAGAUGGGGCAAAUGAAAGCACUGCGUGCGAGCCUGCUCUCCGCAAAGCUGCGCACGAUCGCUCUAACGUCAUCAACUCGGCCGAAUGGAUUUACAACAGCUGGAACAGGGACAGUGAGCCUCCUAGAUGGCAAGAUGUGCUCGCAAUCUUCGAUAAACCAAGACCAGGCGUCUCACGCUAUACAUUCCCACUAGGAAAAGCGAUGCUGGACCUACUGGAGACCAGAAUGAACGUGUACAAAGCCAUCCAGACAAUUUUGCACAGGUACGGAAUCACAGAUGCGAUUGUUCAACCCUACCAAGAGGAAACCGAUAUCCGUGGUGUUGAUGUCACGCUCCCAGAGGAUGCGGAUAUCGACCCAUCCCUCCUCAAGCUGGAGUACAACGAUGUCCCUAUUACGUACUUGAAAACUGGCAUCAGUCUGGGCAAGGGUCUCAUUCCAUGUCACAUCAGGUCGGUCAAUCAUGGAAGUCUAAACGACCAAAAGGCCCUACUGGACGCCAUGAACGGGCAACUUCAACGCAGGGGCUAUGUCGUACGCUGCGUUUGGUCCACCAAUUAUAAUCUCGGGGAAAAGAUAGGAAUACGACCAAUGUUCAGUGGUACCCUACUGAUGAUCGCCGAGCUUGUUGCGGAGGAUCGCAAGAUACAUGGCUUCAUGCGUCUUCCACAAUCUGGGCAAUGCAUUGUGUCCUAUCUGGGACGAGGGUACUGGUGUCCAAGCUGUUCGUGGAGGACCGACAUUCAACAUGAACAAACUGAGGCAUGUAAAGCUGCCGAACAAAUUCGCCGCAAGAACAGCCGGAACAGAGGGGACCUGUUUUCGCCUGAACUUAGUCUAGAACCCCUCCCUCCCCGUACUGGUACCAAGGUUCCCGUUAACAAAGCACUGGCAGCAAGCAUUAGGAGAUCGGCAACACCAGCACGAAAGCGAAAGAACACGCCACCUCCGCCGCCAGAGGAUCUUACGGACCUGAUGCCGCCACCACAGCUUCCGCCGAGCACAGCAAAGCUCUUCAGAGGGGCCCCACGCCGCUACUUCGACUUUGAUGAGCCACUGUUCCGAGGUCAGUCAGAGCAAAAAAGAACUCUUUCUCCGUCAGAACGAGAAGACAAUGGAGCUGGCCCCAGCAGCAAGCGCCGCAAUGUCUAG